CCUGGAGAUGGAGGAGCUGGAGCAGGCAUGUCUCAGGGUGCUGGGAACUGGAGGUCACGAUGGGACAGGUGUUGGCAACAGGGCUGGUGGCCAUGGUGUGGUUGCCACUGGUGACAAGGCUGGUGGCCAUGAUGGGGCUGUCAUCGGUGACAGGGCUGGUGGCCAUGAUGCAGUUACCAUUGGUGACAGAGCUGGUGGCCAUGAUGGGGUUGUCAUUGGUGACAGAGCUGAUGACCAUGACAGGGUUGCCAUUGGUGACGGAACUGGCAGUCAUGACGGGGUUGCCAUCGGCGAUAGAGCUGAUGGCCAUGAUGGGGCUGCAGGCCAUGAUGGGGUGGGUGACCAAGACUCAAGGAAGGAGACAGUGGAUGGGAUGCCCCAGAUGCAGUCUUUGGUCACCAGCCCUGUUGGCGAGACUGUAGUGCCAGGCAAUCAGGAGCUAGUUUUAUUGGCUGAUGGGCCCUGCCUUGGCCUGGCUAGGCCAGACAGCCAGGGGAGCCUACUCCAAGAUGGCGGCUUGGCACCCAGCUGGGUUCUGUUUGAACAAUACUCCCACAAACCGCGGGGAAGCGUCAUUGCAGCCACAGCCCGGCCUCUACCUCAGGAACGCUGCGCCCAUCCCUGGCCACCGGAGGCGCUCUGGGGGCCAGAUGGGGUGGUCACUGGCUACCAGCCCUGCCCACCAUUGCUCAGCUACCAGCUGCGGACACUGCCUUCCCCCUUGGGUGACCUGGGGCCUGGGCACAUGGCCCUUUCGGCGUCGGUGGGAUUCCAUGGCUACGUCCGACCCGUCCCCUGCAGGCUGGAAACGGGGAAGCCAGGCACCCCCGCUGGGAUGGGGGGCAGGGAGAAGCAACUGGACAACCAGAGGGCCACUUGCUCUCCUCUUCUAAGCCAGUUUCAGAACCAGCGUGGCUGUGCUCCAGUCUGGCUCUCUUGGCACCCAGAUAAGUGUUCUCAAGCAAUUCCUAAGGGUUGCUCACAUUUUUUUGCUGAGCCUGUCUCCCAGCUAAGGUUUGUUGGUACAUGGAGCCCUCUAGUGCCCAAGCUGGGGAUGGGCACCACAUUGCACAGUCUCAAUAUUCUAGUCAUCUGAACAAGUGGGUUGAACCCACAAAAGCUCA